UAUGCCAAUCAUUAAAUAGCAAGUUAUGUUUUGAAACGCUCACGCUGUGCACUAACACUGGGAAUUGCAGAUGUUUUGAAAGAGGUGAACCUACAUUCUAGCUUCAUUUUCUCACAAACCUUGGAAAUAAAAACAUCACGCAGAGCGACGAACCACUUGGCGUAUCCAGUAGCAAGUACUCUGGGUGAGUAUAGCUCACUCUUAGACAUCAAGACACCUGAUCAGCAAGAUCUUGUCUCAUGCGAAGAAGUGUACAAACCAAAUUAUUAAGAAACAGCUUGUCCGAAAGCCAAAACACGGCGGGUAAACUACUUUACAUUGACAUCGAGUUAGCGAUCGAACGUCCGUGAGCUAGGAGAUAAUUAUACUAAAUCCUCACGCAAAAGCAAACAUAUUAUGUCGAUUGCUCAUCAACGCACAAUCGUAUCAACGAAUCACGCGACCGCGCCGUCGUAUCCAGAACGACGUACUUCGCAUGAGUUUAUAUAUGCUCCAGAAACUAUCGCAUCCCAACCAACAUCAUCCAACCCGCCAUCAAGGAAUGAUGCUCGAAGUGUUGGAGUCAAACACAACUAUCCACCGUCGCACAGUAUGUUCACGACAGGUCCUGUACCAAAUUUCUCUCUUAACCCGAUAAACGACCGCUACGAUAAUACACCGCCGCCACCACCACCAAGCCAUGGUUUCUUUCCAUUACAUGAGGCGACACCACAUCAUCCUAUGCAGAGUAUCAAUGGCUAUGGUAAUCCUGGUUAUAGAAUGGCGCAUGGAGGCUAUAACGAUUACUAUGGCAGAGAUGAGAAACCUGACAGUAUUCAAUACCCUGGACCGUUUUCAAACCAUUUUCUACCGGCCUUUGCUCAACCACCAUUUCCAUAUCCACCACCGGGAAGGCAAGUAUUGAAUCAAGUGAUAGUUUGCCAAUGGGUCGAACCGAAUGCCAAAGGGAAACCUUGCGGCAAGCAGUUUUUCCGUAUGCACGACAUUGUCACACAUCUGAGUGAGGAUCAUGUUGGAGGACCUGAGAUUACAACUCAUGUCUGUCUAUGGAAAGGUUGUGUACGUAAUGGGCUUCCUUUCAAAGCAAAGUACAAACUAAUUAAUCAUAUACGAGUUCAUACAGGAGAAAAGCCGUUUCCCUGUCCUUUCCCUGGUUGUGGCAAGCUCUUUGCUAGAUCAGAAAAUCUCAAGAUACACAAGCGUACUCAUACUGGCGAGAAGCCGUUUGUUUGCGAAUAUCCAGGGUGUGAUAGACGUUUUGCAAAUUCGAGUGAUCGUAAGAAACAUUCUCACGUUCACACGUCUGAUAAACCGUACAUUUGUAAGGUUGAUGGAUGCAACAAAAGCUACACACAUCCUAGUUCGCUGAGGAAGCAUAUGAAACUUCAUCUAAAGGCGAACGAUCCUUGCAAAACGAUGACAAAAGAUGAAAAGCCUUCUAUCUCAACAAUUCAACAUUUUCAACCGAACCCAAACUAUCCCCCAAUGACAGAAUGGUACACACGCUUUCCUCCAGCUAGUGGAAUAAACCAACAUGACUUUGACAACUCAGUAUGUAUCACAAGGGCAUCUGUCUAUUAACACUACGGCGUUCUACAUAGGACGUAAAUUACUUGUAUUGCCUCAUACGUGUGAGUCAAGACGUGUGUAUUCAUUUUGAAAAUCGCAAAUAUCGAAAGAGAAUGAUGUGAAUUCCUUCAAACUAUUAUGAUGUGUUUUGAAAAUUACCAAACAAAGACAAUUUUUGAACUGUGCCAAGCAAACUUCUUGACAUAAAUAGAUUUACCCGGAAAUCUUUUGAGAGUUUGCCUGCCAUAAUGACGGACGGUCGAAAGCAUAUAAAUAUAAUCGGAAGAUAUCAAAGUUGCAAUGAAAUUGGAAAAUUUGUGACACUUUUGGGGUAAGAUCAGACCAUAACAUCUGAUUCUAUUAUAAAAACAAUAUCAUUGCAACAUGAACACAUAUUUUGUAAAAUUGUACAAUAUUAACUGUUGAUAAUUUAUACGUCUUAAAAUAUAUCACUUGCAGCGUA